ACACGUUGGAAAAACAAAAGUUACUGUAUGCUAAUUAGCAAAGCGCCACCUAUGUAGUUUCAUGUUGACCAGCAACUGCCUGUCUGAACCAGAACACUGCUAUUUACAUCGAAAUUUGGUGGAUAUAUUAAUAUUUGAUUACAAAAUGGUUCAUUGAGCAAUGUCCUCAGACCAAGAGGGAUGUGAGGAACCUGAACUUGGUGUUGAAACUGAGGAAAUUAUCUGUGAGACUGUUUUUUUGAAAUCAGAAGAAGACGACCCUGAGGAAGAUGAUGAUACACCGUCAGAAACAUAUUCUGUCGAGGGACAGCGCCCUGUGCGUCCUGUCGAACGGCAGAAAAUGCGUCCUUGGCUGAUUGACCUGUUAGACAAGAAUAUACUACCUGGUUUAAGCUGGCAGAACAAGAGAGAAAAUAUUUUCCGAAUUUCUUGGAAACACGCAGCGCACAACUGUUUCAAUCGUAACAGAGAUUCAGAUUUGUUUGAACGUUGGGCUUUUCAUACAGGACGCCAUCACGAGGGUAACCACAAGCGUUGGAAAGCUAACUUCCGUUGUGCUCUAAACAGUCUUCCUGAUGUGAUGGAACUGAAAGAACUUGGUGUUAGAAAGGGAGAUAAUGCAUUUAAAGUUUAUAAGUUUCUUGACUCACCUGAACCCACAAUGAAGGAGAAGAUGGAAAUUAAGCGGAAAUACAGUCUAAUGGCUGGUAUCAAACUUGAUGAAUCUCAUUCAGGAUCAUCUACACCAACAGUAUCUACAGCACCAAGCUCACCAGAACGAGAAGGAUCUUCAGGGGUGGAUGGUGGUAUUCAGACAUUAUUGAAAGCGAUAGAACUAAAAACCCAACAACAGACAAGUGAUAUGUCAAAGACUCCCCAGAAGAGAGGUUCUUCAGGGGGAACAACUCAGACCAGAAGUAAAAGAGCAAAGAAAGACAGUAGAGAUGAUGCUCCAGUAGAAACAGAAGCAACUGUUGUAAUCUGCAGUGGGAGGCCAUCACCAGCAUCAACCCCUGGAAGUGAUACAAUAUCAGGGGUACAAAAAAUGCCCUAUAUAACAGCCAUUGAUCCUACAUCCGGAAUCCCGUAUGUCACAGCAGUGGACCAGAAGACGGGGAAACUAACUCUGGUUCAACUGCGGAAGACAGAUUCUCCAUCUGCUCCAACCACACCAACUGGGAGAUCUGAAAUCUUAAUUCCUUCUUCAAAAAUGCUAAUGAGCCUUCCCGGUCAGGGUCAAAGUGUUAUGGCAGUCCCACAGACUCAAACAAUCACCUCGACCCUGAAAUACGGGGAACAUUUCAUAACGGUACCAAUGUCUGUGGCAGCCUCACUUCAGAAAGAAACGACAGCAGAAGAAAAAGUUACGAUCCCAGUGCAACUACUACAGCAAGAGUUGCAGAAGCAAGCACAGCAAGCGCAGCAAGCACAGCAAGGUGUUCCAAACUUGAUAAACCUGGGAAAUCUUUUCGCAAGCAACCCAGCAGCAGCCAUUCAACUUGCAAAGCAGAUGAGUACCAGCACAGGGUCCAUUCCCUUACCAGUCCUUGAACAAAUCAGUCAGGCUAAACUACAAGAGGCACAACAGAAGAUUACAGAUAAAACUGUACCUAAGACUGUCAUUCAAACGGAAGUUCAGCAAGGUCGAAUGGUAGCUACACCCCAAGUAUCAGAAUGUUUGCCACCUGUUCCUCAGUUGAACAAGAACAUAACAAGCAUUGCUGCAGCACUGAGAAUGUCUAUACCAAGUACCCAGCCAUCAUCACCCUCUGUUGUUACUGGUACCCCUAGUCCUAUUCAGCAGUCUCAACCAGUCAGCACCACAACAAUGGGUCCUGGUCUUGCACAGGACCCACAGGGUAUUCGUAGCAAGUUAGUCUCUCGUCUGAUGGUUAGCGGUUCAUCCAUGACCAAUCAGAGUCCAGGUGUUAGAAUGCCUGUCCAGUCCCUUAUACAAACACCAACCUCGACACCACGCCCUCGGCUUGAUCAUAUUCUUGUGAAACCAAAUCCAAACUUGACGUUGCCAAGCACACAUCUGCAGCCAGUCAGGACCAGUGAUAUGGUUGUCAUGUCAACAGCUAGUAGUUCUAGCCUGGACUUUGUAACAGGACCACCAAAACUAAUGACAGCUGUUAGUGAGAGGACCAUAGAUUUGAAUGCCAAUAAAAGUACUUUAGCUAUCCCUAGUACAUCUACUCAGCUCAAAAAUAGUAGAGAAACUGAUGUUGUUAGUAUAGGAUCCAGUCCGUCUCCUGUCUGUACCCCAGAACUGCGACCAGAUAUACUGGACCGACAACUGACAAUAGAACUUUCCAAGAUGGAAAAAGAGCCGUCAACACAACGAACGUCAGAAGAAUCACAACAUUUAUCUGACAAUUACAGCAGACGUACAGUUCAAACUCAGUGUAAUAUGUUCUUGUGGAACUAUCUCAACGGCAAAAUGGAAGAGGCGGGAAAGUCAGACCUGUUUACAGUCCUUGGCCCCAUGCCUCCUACUAGGAAGUCUGUUUGGACGCAAUGUGCCUUCGUUGAAAAUGCUGCACUUGAGUAUUCACCCAGCAUGAACACAGGACAUUGUUUGUUGCAAUCCGGGGAAGAAAACUCGAAAAAGAGAAUUAUCCAAGAGGCAUUAGGCAUUUUGAGAUCACCACAGUACAAAGUUCUUGAUUCGAAGGUAGUUUCUACUGGAAAAAAGAGAAAAUGUCUGGUGAUCAGAAAUAAACAAUAUUUUGGUGUUCUGGGUCAUGACCUUGACCCAUUGACAUUGACAUUGACAAUGAAGGGUAAAAUUACCUUGAGCAUUGUUUUCAAACCUGUUGAAGAGUUCAGCAUUCUAAAUGAUGAAAAAGACGGAAUAAAUAUAGAUUGUUUCAUAGAAAUUCUUGAGAAGAUUACAAAAUAUUCAUUUUGUCAAGGAAUUGAGAAAAGAUAUAUCCGAAGUUGCCGUCGACGAUCAGAUAUUAUAUUUUUCAAGUAUCCAUUCAAACGUUGUCAGUCAGAUAGUUGCCAAGUCUGGUAUGGUGUUGAAAAAGAGGCAACUGUGGCAAAAGAGACGCAUUUAAAUCCGUGUUCACAUUGCAAAGACAUCAGUCACAAAUUAAAUGGGGACCACAAAAGGAGGCAAAAAGUUCAAACAACCACAUCAAAGUUAAAUACCUUACCAGGAUUGGGUUCAGUUGCAAAAGAAAAUGGGAAUAAUUUGGUGGGUCGCCAAAUUUUAAAGAAGGAAGUGAUUUCGUGUCAACCAGUCGUAAUAAAGGAAAUGGAAAAAGUUGUAGUGGAAAAGAUAGCGAGAGUAGAUACAGUAUUAGAAUGUGUGCCAGAUAUGCCACCAUGAAGCAACUAGCUAGGAUAAAGCGUCGUCCAUCUCAUACAUAUGUUCAAAUAUUUUGCUUAUUAUUGUUAAUCAUGAAUAUUCAUAAGGCUGUUCCAUUAAGCAUGUAGGUAGGGAAAGUACUUGUAAUUGCUGUAAAUUUGGUUGUAUCAGACACCAGUCAACAUUAUGAACGGGAUGUUGAAUUCCUUAUUUAAAAAGGAGUUUCCCUGGGCAUGUUAUGUUAAGAUAAAACAGCUAUUACAAUGGAUGUGCCAAUUUGUCUGUUACUUGUUGAAGUAGACCAGCUAUAACAGUGGGUGUAACAAUUUACUUUUUUUUGUCAAACCUUGAAAACUCAGAAAAGGGCCUUAAAAUGCAGUUUUAUAUUAUGGAUUGAAUAAUGACUACUUUUUAUUCACUGAAUUUGUAAAGUUGUUAACAUUUUUUUUUUAAAUAUCAGCCCUUGGUUGUUCCCAAUAGUAUAUCAGUAUUUCAAUAUCUGAAAAUUUUUUGUAAAGCUCUCUUUUGAUUUUAAGACUGUAGUACAUGUAGUAGGAAGGAAAGUUUCAGUACUCACAAACAAGGCCAUAAAAAAGAAUAUGUUCGUUUGCCCUAACCCUACCUACCCAGAAAAUAGCUGCCUACCCAAAAUCUUUUAUUGUCCUGAUGUGACAAAGUUUUUUUUUAAUCAGAUAGGCAUACAUACUAAAACACAUCUGACACUUCAAUUUUUCUUUGCCGAAAAAAAAAAGAAAAUGCUUACCUACCUACCCACUGUCUCUACCUUUGGGUAGGGUUUGGGCAAACCAAAAUAUUUUGAAGUGUGGCCCAAGUGUGUCCCUUCCACAUAUUGGUAUGCUAGUCAAAGUUUGGAACUCCUUUAUAUGUUGUCACUACCUCGUUUGGUUGUUUGUUUUAUUAUGUUUUUCUGUCUGUGCGUUCGUUCGUCCAUCCGUUUGUGCGUCUGUCAAUUAGUCGCUUCAGGUAGUUUUUAUACCCCACGCAACGAGUUGCGGAGGGUAUAAUGUUUUUGACCCGUCCGUCAGUCCUGUUUCUUGUCAUCGCAACUCCUCUCAAACCACACAACAGAAUUUCACGAAACCUUUUUAGAUAAUAAGGACAUACUAUGUAGUUGUGCAUAUCGACAGGAAAUUACGAUUCAAUUCUUUUUCUAGGAGUUACGCCCCUUUGAACUUAUUUACUUUAAUGUACUACUGCAACAGUUUGUCAUCGCAACUCCUCUCAAACCACACAACAGAAUUUCAUGAAAACUUUUCAGAUAAUAAGGACAUACUACGUUGAUGUGCAUAUCGACAGAAAAUUACGAUUAAAUUUUUUUCCAGGAGUUAUGCCCCUUUGAACUUAUUUGCCCAAUAUACUACUGCAACCUUUUGUCAUCGCAACUAAUCUCAAACCACACAACAGAAUUUCAUGAAACCUUUUCAGAUAAUAAGGACAUACUAUGUAGAUGUGCAUAUUGACAGGAAAUUAUGAUUUAAUUUUUUUUUCUGAUACAAUUUUUAUUUUUUCUUACACUUAUUUUAUUUCUCCAAUGACAAUGUGGGGACGUGGGGUAUGUGAGCGCGCUCACUAAGGUUCUUUCAUUGAUGAAGUUGAAGUCCAAUCAACUUGAAACUAAGUACACAUGUUCCCUAUGAUAUGAUCUUUCUAAUUUUAAUGCCAAAUUAGAGGUUUGACCCCAAUUUCACGGUCCACUGAACAUAGAAAAUGAUAAUGCGAGUGGGGCAUCCGUGUACUAUGGACACAUUCUUGUUUACCAUGUUUACAUCCUGUAACUGGGUGUUGAUUUUAUCUGUAUGUCUUCUCUGUUGAAUUUAUCAACAGCUUGCCUAGAUUUAGUAUCCAUUGUAUAAUUUUGUCUCUUCUGGUUUUGAAACCUUGUGAUGACUAGUAUAUUAUUAUUAUCAUUAAUAUUUAAUGCAUGUUUUGUAGUCUAAUAAACCUUUAACCCCUUAUUAUAACCAUAAUCUAUAAAAGCUUUAAAAAAAUGAAAAUGCUGUAGAACUUGAGAAUUUUUGGUUGGUUUAAAUGAUAUACAUAUACGAGGAUUCCCUUCUUCAUGCAAUUGCAAAAUUUUUGCUUUAAUUAUGUCAUGCUUUUUGUUUUAUUUAUAGACAACCCUAUUUUUUUAAUUAUUCAAAGAACUUGUUCAUGAAGUUCAAAAUUGUUUGUUUGUUAUUCAGGAUUACAAUCAGACUUGAACAAUGCUAUCAGGGUCUUUUUUGGUCCCCAAUAAUGUGUCGCUGGGGGACAUAGAAAUACCAACUGCCAGAUUUUUAUGAAAUUUAGAGCAUACAUAGGCUUAAAUCAGCAAUGUAUCGAACAAAUGAGAAAAUCACUGUCUAUCAGUUAUUUCUAAAAGAGCUAUUGUAAAUGCACUCAUGUGUACAGUUCUUUCCAGAUUAUUAUGAAAUUUAUAUCAACAAUGUAUCGGACAAGUUCUAAAAUCAGUGCUGAUAAAAAAAAAUGAAGAAGAGUCAUGCCCCUUGGAAAUAUUAAUUACGGUAUAUGGAAAAUUGCAUUUUGAGAGCUCUGAUGUGUACAAUUCUUGUCAGAUAUAUAUUAAAUUUAUAUCAAAGAUUUAUAUCAGCAAUGUCUCACAAUUUCAAAAAAAUCAUGGCCCAUCAACAAUUGUUAAAAGAAUUAUGUCCCUUAAAAAUAUUAAUAGUAUGGAAAAUUGCAUUGAUAGAGCUUUCAAACCUUCAUUUCUCUAAAAUAAUUUAUAAAAAAUGUUUAAAAGAAUAAAGAACCAUAAAAAAAAUCUUUUUCAGUUAUUGUCCUGGGACAGAUAAAAUAUGUGCGACCCCCAGGGGGAUAACUGAACUCUGUUCUUUUAUUUAAUCAUGGUAUAAGGGAGAGAAUUGCAGAAAUUCAGUCAAUUACUCAUGGUCGUUGGUUUUCUUCAUGUUUUUUUUUUCACAGUGAAAGCUGGUGACAGUGGAUGAUUGAUUUACUCUGAUAUCUCUGUUUACAUUUGGAAUAGAUUCCUCCACUCCAAAGAAUGUGAUAGGAAGUUUCAUUAAUUCAGACAGUUUACUUUUCAAAUUUAAAAUACCUGGUUUGCAGAACAUUAAAUAUUAGAAAUUUAAUUGGAGAGAGUACAGAAAUAUGGUUUUGCAUCUAAAGCAGUGGUGGAAUCUGUUGGUCAAAUAAUUUUCAGUUGAUAUGGCGGAAAACUUCACUUUUUAAUGCCCCCGCCAUAGCGGACGGGGCAUUAAGUUUUACCCUUGUCUGUCUGUACGUCCAUACGUCCCAAAAUUGGUUUCCGUACUCUAACUUUAGUUUGCCACAACCAAAUGUUAUGAAACUUAUAAUUAAUGCUUAUUACCACAAAACACAGAUCAAAUUUGAAUUUUGGUGGUGUCACUUUUACUGUUCUAGAGUUAUGCCCCUUUACAAAUGGAAAAAUUGGUGAAUUUUUCAUUUCCGUUCUCUCACUUUAGUUUGCCUAAACCAAAUGUUAUGAAUCUUAUACACAAUGCUUAUUACCACAAAACACAGAUUAAGUUUGAAUUUUGGUGGUGUCACUUUUACUUUUCAAGAGUUAGGCCCCUUUACUAACGAAAAAAUUGCUGAAUUUUACGAUUCCUUUCUCUUAAUAAUUUAGUUUGCCUCAACCAAAUGUUAUGAAUCUUAUACACAGUGCUUAUUAAGUACUACAAAACACAGAUCAAGUUUGAAUUUUGGUGGCGUCACUUCUACUGUUCUAGAGUUAUGCCCCUUUACAAAUGAAAAAAAGGCUGAAUUUUUCUACUUUUUAUACGACCGCGAAAAAUUUUGCGGUCGUAUAUUGGUAUGAUGUUGGCGUCGUCUUCGUCAUCCGAAGACACAUUGGUUUUCGCACUCUAACUUUAGUUUAAGUGAAUGGAUCUCUAUGAAAUUUUACCAUAAAGUUCAAUACCACAAAAGGAAGGUUGGGAUUGAUUUUGGGGGUUAUGGUACCAACAGUUAAGGAAUAAGGGGCCAAAAAUAUGCAUUUUUGUAACUUCCAGACAUAACUUGUGUGUUAGUGUAUGGAUCUCUCUGACAUUGUAUAACAAGGUUCCAUACCACAAAGGGAAUGCUGGGAUUGAUUUUGGGGGUAAUUACCUCCAAAAUUUAUGAAAUUAGGGGCAAAAAACAAGCAUUUUUCUAGUUUCAUGACAAUAACUUGUGUGUAAGUGUAUGGAUCUUUCUGAAAUUGUACUACAAGGUUCCAUAUCUAAAAGGGAAAGCUGGAAUUGAGUUUGGGGGUAAUUGCCUAAAACAUUUAGGAAUAAGGGGCCAAAAAUAAGCAUUUUUCUAGUUUCUAGACAAUAUCUUGUGUUCAAGUGUACGGAUCUCUCUGAAAUUGUACUGCAAGGUACCAUACCACAAAGGAAAGGCUGGGAUUGAUUUUGGGGGUAAUUGCCUCAAAAUUUUAGGAAUUAGGGGCAAAAAAACAAGCAUUUUUCUAGUUCCAGGACAAUAACUUGUGUGUAAGUGUAUGGAUCUUUAUGAAAUUGUACUACAAGGUUCCAUAUCACAAAGGGAAAGCUGGGUUUGAGUUUGGGAGUAAUUGCCCGAAACGUUUAGGAGUUUGGGGCCAAAAAGGGACCAAAAACAAGCAUUUUUUCUAGUUUCCAGACAAUAACUUGUGUUCAAGUGUACAGAUCUCUCUGAAAUUGAUUGCAAGGUACAAUACCACAAAGGGAAGGCUGGGAUUGAGUUUGGGGGUAAUUGCCUCAAAAUUGUAGGAAUUAGCUAUAGGGGCAAAAAAACAAGCAUUUUUCUAGUGUCACGACAAUAACUUGUGUGUAAGUGUAUGGAUCUUUAUGAAAUUGUACUACAAGGUUCCAUAUCUCAAAGGGAAAGCUGGGUUUGAGUUUGGGGUUAAUUGCCCUAAAUGUUAAGGAAAAUGGGGCCAAAAACAAGCAUUUUUCUAGUUUCCAGACAAUAACUUGUGUUCAAGUGUACAGAUCUCUCUGAAAUUGUACUGCAAGGUUCCAUAUCACAAAGGGAAGGCUGGGAUUAAGUUUGGGGAUGAUGAAUCAUAAGGGGGUUCAAAAAAUUUGAGGGGGGAUUUUUUUUUUCCUUUUUUGUCGAGCCUUCGACUUUAGUCGAAAAAGCGAGACAUAGCGAUCCUACAUUCCGUCGGCGGCGGCGUCCACAAAUAUUCACUCUGUGGUUAAAGUUUUUGAAAUUUUAAUAACUUUCUUAAACUAUCCUGGAUUUCUACCAAACUUGGACAGAAGCUUGUUUAUGAUCAUAAGAUAGUAUCCAGAAGUAAAUUUUGUAAAAAUAAAAUUCCAUUUUUUCCGUAUUUUACUUAUAAAUGGACUUAGUUUUUCUGCCGGGAAAUAUUACAUUCACUCUGUGGUUAAAGUUUUUAAAAUUUUAAUAUCUUUCUUAAACUAUCCUGGGUUUGUACCAAACUUGGACAGAAGCUUGUUUAUGAUCAUAAUAUAGUAUCUAGAAGUAAAUUUUGUAAAAAAAUAAAUCCAUUUUUUCCUUAUUUUACUUUUAAAUGGACUUAGAUUUUCUGCUGGGAAACAACCCAUUCACUCUGUGGUUAAAGUUUUUAGAAUUUUAAUAACUUUCUUAUACUAUUUUGGAUUUGUACCAAACUUGGACAGAAGCUUGUUUAUGAUCAAAAGCUAGUAUCUAGAAGGAAAUUUUGUAAAAAAAUAAAUCCAUUUUUUCCGUAUUUUACUUUUAAAUGGAUUUAGAUUUUCUGCCAGGAAACAACAUAUUCACUCUGUGGUUAAAGUUUUUAAAAUUUUAAUAACUUUCUUAUACUAUUUUGGAUUUGUACCAAACUUGGACAGAAGCUUGUUUAUGAUCAAAUGCUAGUAUCUAGAAGGAAAUUUUGUUUUUUUCCAGUUAACAUUACAUUCAGUCUACAGUUAAAGUUUUUAAACAUUUAUUAGAUUCAGAAACUAUCCUGGAUUUUUACCAAACUUGGACAGAAGCUUCUUACAAUCAAAAGAUAGUAUCAAGAGGAAUAUUUUUUUUGAUUUACUUCCUUAUUUUUGUUGAGCCUGCGAUUAAAAAGUAGGUGAGACACUGGGUUCCGCGGAACCCUUACAAAUUUUUUUCUUUAAUAUUUUCAUUUUAAAUUGGUUAUUUCUGAUUUAUAUAUAAAAGCAAAUAAUAAUGAAAUGGUUUGAAUAGGUAAAUUAAAAAUUUUUAAGUUCUUAGACCACAUUCAUUCUGUGUCAGAAACCUAUGCUGUGUCAAAUAAUUAAUCACAAUCCAAAUUCAGUGCUAUAUUAAGCUUGAAUGUUGUGUCCAUACUUGCCCCAACAGUUCAGGGUUCAACUUCUGCGGUCGUAUCAAGCUGCGCCCAGCGGAGAAUUUUAUUUAGUUUAUUUUUAGAUUAUUAAUUUAUACUAGUCUUUUAAAAUGCUUGUUAAGUGAUCUUAAGUCACCUACAAUGAUCAUAUCACUGAGGUUGUAAGUUCUAAUCCUUCUCAUGGCAUUCAAUCUAAUUAAAAUUGACUAGAAAUCUUGAAGGCAGAUGGUUCUCUCUCCUCCACAAGGAAAAACUGGCAGUUAUGAUAUAGCCAACAGUGUGUGCUUGCUGAAAGUGGCGUUAAACACCAACAUAAAAUCAACCUGUGCAUGUAUUGAUUUUGUGUCAAGGAUGGAUACCCCAUAUCCUUUGUUUUUCUAUCAUAUAAUCACAAGCAAUCACCUCAUUUCACAUUGAUUCACGAAAAACCAGUUAGAGGUCACUUUUUAGUGUAUCAUCACCUAAUGGGUACUGAAGUUGACAUUGUUACACCCUAUGUUGCUGUAAUUGUUAUAUAUACUGUAAAUUCAUAAAUUAUUGUGAUGUUUUUAUGAACACGAAUAAUGUGACUACAGUGGCGGAUCCAGGGCGGGGGUUCCGAGGGGUUGAAACCUCCCCCCCCCCCCUUUUUUUUAUGCGAUCAAUGCUUUUGAAUGGGGACAUAUAGUUGGAACCCCCCGUUAAUCCUGGGUUAGAACCCCCCUUUUAAAAAUGGCUGGAUCCGCCCCUGGACUAGGUGAGUAUAGCAAUAAAAAGAAUUUGCAUUCUGAUAUCGGAUACACAUAUCUGUAUGCAGCAUUUCCUGAAAUCACAAUAAUUUAUCUCACAUUUUUGUCCAUUCUUAAAAAAUAAAAUAAAAAUGAUAAAAGCACACAACAAUUUCUGAAUUUGCAGUAGCAGCUGUUUCAUUAAAAUAUAUAUAUUAAAUUUUGUUUGUAAUUUUGCAUGUGUAUAUAGUUCAGGGCUGUUCCAUCAUGUUACAUGUUAAGUGAUUACUACUGGGGAGUCAUUAUUAUUCGUAUGGUAAAAUUUCGGGUGAUUUCGUGAGCGUAGAUAAACCAUGAAUUUAAAUGUUCAAGGAAGUAUGAAAUUUUCUAUAGGCUUAUAUGCAAACUUUGACAAAACCAUGAACAAAUAUCCAAGAAAAUACAAUUUUCCCUCAAUUCAUGAAAAUAGAUAUCCACGAAAAUAAAUGAAUCCGCAGUAUUUGAUUCAGUUGGAAGAUUCUUUUCUAUGAUAAACGUUUAUUUUAUGGUGAUCAAAAGUGUAUUUUUCAAACUAUGUCAGAGUAUCAAUAUUUUUUGUAAGUUUGACAAGAGGAAAGACCUGAAAUCACAGCAAUCUGAUUAAACAUAAUAUUGAGAGAACAGGAGGAAAAAAGAUCAUGUAUCAAUUCUUGACACCAAGCUUCAAGUUGGCCUUUAGUACAAAUGUAUACUCAUUAUGAAAACUUGAAAAUACUUAGCACUUAAGAAUUCAAUAAGAGAGAUAUUUAGAAAAAUGCUUCCAUUUAAGUAGAUCUCCUUGGUUGCAGUUGCUGAGGGGCAUUAUUUUCAAGCCUGCGACUUUUGUCGCAGAAAGAUCGACAUAGGGAUAGUGAUCCGGCGGCAGAGGCGUGAACUAACUUCUUAAAAGCUUUAUAUUUCAGAAGGUAGAAGACCUGGAUGCUUCAUACUUUGUAUAUAGAUGCCUUAUAAUAUGAAGUUUCCAUCUAUCAUAUGUCCAUUGUCCUUGACCUCAUUUUCAUGGUUCAGUGACUUCUUGAAAAAAAAAGUUAAGAUUUUUUGUUAUGUUAAUUUCUCUCUUAUGAGUAAUAUGAUAACUAUAUUUGGUAUGUGCGUACCUUGCAAGGUCCUCAUGCCUGUCAGAUAGGUUUCACUUGACCUCAACCUCAUUUCAUGGAUCAGUGAACAAGGUUAAGUUUUCUUGGUCAAGUCCAUAUCUGAGAUACUAUAUUUGGUGUAUGUAAUGAUUGUAAGGUGUACAUGUCCAACUGGCAGGUGUCAUCUGACCUUGUCCUCAUUUUCAUGAUUCAGUGGUCAUAGUUUAGUUUUGUGUUUUGGUCUGUUUUUCUAAUACUGUAUGCAAUAGGUCAACUGUAUUUGGUGUAUGGAAAUAUUUUACGAUGUACAUGUCAGUCUGGCAGGUUUUAUUUGACCUUGACCUCAUUUUCACGUUUCAUUGCUAAAUGUUAAGUUUUUGUGUUUUGGUAUGUUUUUCUAAUACUGUAUGCAGUAGGUCAACUAUAUUUGGUGUAUGGAAAUAUUUAAUGAUGUACAUGUCAGUCUGGCAGGUUUUAUUUGACCAUGACCUCAUUUUCAUGGUUCAUUGCUUAUGUUAAGUUUUGUGUUUUGGUCUGUUUUUCUUAAAUUAAGCAAUAGGUCAACUAUAUUUGGUGUAUGGAAUGAUUGUAAGGUGUAUAUGUGUAUCUGGCAGGGUUCAAAUGACCUUGACUUCAUUUUCAUGGUUCAUUGGUCAGUAUAGAAUUUCCAUGGUUUGGUCUGUUUCUUUUAUACUAUAAGCAAUAGGUCAUCUAUAUUCUGUGUAUGGAGGGAUUGUAUUAAAGGUGUACAUGUAUUUCCGGCUUGGUUUAUCUGACCUUGACCUCAUUUUCUUGGAUCAUAAAUGUUAAUGUGAUACUUGAAGUAAAACUUUUUAUGUAGGACUAUCAACAUAAAAUCAAUGGUCAGUAUAGUAGGCGAGACAUUUCAGUGUGUGCACUCUUGUCUACAGUAAUCACUAGCCUGUAAGCACUGAGGUUGUGAGUUCUAACCCAGAUUGGCAAGGGGUGUAUGACUCUAUUUGACGAUGAUUGCCAGUUUCCUGCUGAAGGUCAUUCACUCUCUCCAGGUACUCCUGCCUCCUCCGCCAAUCAAAUCUAGCAGCCAUGAUAUAGCUUAAUGUGUUUAUAAAAAGGUGCUAAAUACCAACAAUUAUUCAUUAGAUAAAGUUCUGUAAUCUGACUGUUUUUCAGCUUUUUAUGUAUUACCUCAAUAAUUUUUUAUAGCUCUUAGUAAAAUCAAUUCAAAUUGACAAGAAAAUCUGCUGGCCAAUGAAUGGUUACUUGAAUGAACUAAACAAAAGAUGUGUACCGUUUAAAAGUUAAAGUAUGCUGUUGUAAAACAUUUCUGAUUAAAAUACAAAUCCUGUGUCUAAGCUAUACUUACACUGUUCUACUUUCUGUUCUGGUAAUUAUUACAUCGGCCAAUGAAAAUUCAGCCUUCAAAUUUUUGAAGGUGUGUAUGAAUCAGAGAAUCCUGAAAGAUUUUCAAAAACAGAAAGUAGAAUGGAGCAUUUUCAGAUCUGUGUAAGCGUAGCUUGGGCACAGGAUCUGUAUUUGUUGUAAAGCUGUCUUCUAUUUGUAAGUGGGGAGAAAUUUUUAAUAAUAAAAGGUCAGAUUGAUGUAUGAUGGCUUACUGGUGCAUUUGUAUGUAAUUAAAUGUUCGCUUUUUAUGCCGUGUUAUAUGAUAUUUUUUCGUCUUUUUUGGAACAGUCCUUAUUAUUUGUCAGUUUUUCAUGCAGACAUUUUAACCAUCAUUAUAGUAAUAUAAUAAAGAGUUGUGUACAGAUAAAAUCUAAUCAAAUAUACUG